AUGUCACUUCUUAAAACUCUCGAGUAUCCAACUAGACUACAUCUUGAUAUUUACUAUCCAGAAUUUGGAUUAGUUAUAGAAGUACAAGGGCAACAACAUGAAAAAUAUAUCGAAUUCUUUCAUAGAGAUGAUCCCAAUAAUUUUAUCAAACAGCAAGAACGGGAUCAACUCAAGAAAGAAUUGUGCGAAGAAAACUGGAUUGUCCUCAGAUAUGUUUGGUAUUAUGAAGAUCCAUAUAUAGUUAUUCCAGAACAUCUUCGUGAAUUGGGUCUUAUUGAGUAA